GAAGGAGAGAGAGAAAGACACCAGUAAAGGAAUGAUUCUGUCAUUUUGUUUGCAAGAGAAGAGAGAGGAGAGAAGAGAGGAGAGAAGAGAGGAGAGAAGGUGGCACAGAACAGAGAGAAGGGAGAUACUAGAGAACAUGCACACCGCCCGUUGACAUACAUUCAGGAAUCAUGUUGACUCUACCGUAUGAAGAACCAGAUAUGACGUAUGAGCCCCGGUUUGGAGCCAACUACCCCCGUGGGGGCUUACCGGAUCUGGAGCCAAACCCAAUACACAGCCUGAACGUCACGUCGGACCCGGAGAGAGAGGGCGAAGAAGAGCCAGACCCGAUACACAGCCUGGACAUCACGUCGGACCCGGAGGAGGGUGACAUCUCAGAAAGAGAGGACGAGGAAGAGGAGAGAGAGGACGACAUCCAGCAGGAUGAAAACGGCCACCCCAGAAAGAGAGGACCACGGAGAAAGAAGUUGACUAAAGGUAGACAGGAGAGGGUCACGGUGCGCCGUCAUGAGGCAAACGCCCGUGAGCGCAGCAGGAUGCACGGUCUGAACGACGCGUUAGAGAGCCUCCGAAAGGUGGUGCCCUGCUACUCCAAGACCCAGAAGCUCUCCAAGAUAGAGACUCUGCGCCUGGCUAAGAACUACAUCUGGGCCCUGUCAGAGACGCUGUCUGCGGGCAAGAAGCCGGACCUGCUGGGGUUCGUUCAAACUCUGUGUAAGGGCCUGUCCCAGCCCACGACCAACCUGGUGGCUGGCUGUCUGCAGCUGAAAGCCAGGUCCUUCCUCACGGACCACAACGGAGAGGUGACGUACCCCGGUAGUACGGCCCACUACGACAACAUGUACCCGUACCCCGGGGCAGAUCUGGGCACGGCCCCUGGACAAGCCUGCAGCACCCUGGGCAGCGCCAAGUCGUCCUACCACAGCCGGCACUACAGCUACGGUGGCCAGUACGAGCCGUACUACGACCACACGCCUCCUGAGGAAGGAAGGGAGGGACACCUAGGCGGACAGAUCAGCCCUCCUCUGAACUUUAACGGCAUAUUCUCUCUGAAACACGACGAACCGGAGGAGUACGGGAAGAGCGGCCACUAUGGGAUGAGAUACAGUUCUGUGCCCGGUCACGGCUCCCUCAGCUCGGCAUCCAUGUACCGGGUCUCGCCAGAGGGCCGGUUACACUAUGAAUUACACCUUCGGUCCGCAGGGCAGACCCACAAGGCUGAGACUCAGAGCCAGCAGGCAGAGCUGCCAGGCUGGGACUCAGAGCCAGUAGGCAGAGCUACCAGGCUGGGAAUCAGAGCCAAUAGGCAGAGCUACCAGGCUGGGACUCAGAGCCAGUAGGCAGAGCUACCAGGCUGGGACUCAGAGCCAGUAGGCAGAGCUACCAGGCUGGGACUCAGAGCCAGCAGGCAGAGCUACCAGGCUGGGACUCAGAGCCAGCAGGCAGAGCUACCAGGCUGGGACUCAGAGCCGGCAGGCAGAGCUACCAGGCUGGGACUCAGAGCCAGUAGGCAGAGCUACCAGGCUGGGACUCAGAGCCAGCAGGCAGAGCUACCAGGCUGGGACUCAGAGCCAGCAGGCAGAGCUACCAGGCUGGGACUCAGAGCCGGCAGGCAGAGCUACCAGGCUGGGACUCAGAGCCAGUAGGCAGAGCUACCAGGCUGGGACUCAGAGCCAGCAGGCAGAGCUACCAGGCUGGGACUCAGAGCCGGCAGGCAGAGCUACCAGGCUGGGACUCAGAGCCAGUAGGCAGAGCUACCAGGCUGGGACUCAGAGCCAGCAGGCAGAGCUACCAGGCUGGGACUCAGAGCCGGCAGGCAGAGGCAUAAUUAAUAGAACACUUAAAAGGUUAUACUUCCCCUGUUACUAUUC